CAUCAGCAGCAGCAGCAACAACAGCGGCAACAGCAAGGCGAUGCAACACUGCAGCGCAGCAGCAGCAGCAACAGCAUCAACAACAGCAACAGCAAUAACAUUUACAACUACAACAAUUACUAUAUCAACAACUCUAGUGAUAUAGAUCUAAACAGCAUGGGCCAAAGUAGCGGCAAGCCCAAUGACUGCCAACAACAACAACAGAGCUCAGCGCACAGCUCACGCGCCAGCACGCCGCGUGAGUUUCGUGAGUCGAUCGUGAGAGACACAAAGCCAACACAGCCGCAACAUGAUGUGCCCAAAAUCACAGUGGUUGACUGCAGCUUCGAACAGAGUCCCAGCCAAAGUCCCCAGGCGGUGCCCGUCGAGGAAAUCUUCUAUGACUUUGAGCAGCCACAGCAGCAACCAGAGCAACAGCUGCACGAACACGAGAGCAACAUCAACAUUGAAGAGUUGAAUGAGGCACAUGUGGAAACACUGGAGGAUGAAGUGUUUGCCGUGGAUAUUCCGACCACCAUUUAUCAGCAGGCCAAUGGAAUGCCGCGUCCGUGGACACGUUUGACCAACGUUAAGCUGGAGAAUGUGCAGGAGGAGGAGGAAGAGGAGCCGGAAGACCAUGUCAAUGGAGAACCGGAGCCCGAGGAUGAUGAGCUGGACGAGGCGCUGGGCAUGGAAUGCGAUGAGCCGGAACGACGUACGCCAAAUGGAUCGCGACAAUCGGCAAGCAGCGAGCGCAGCGCAUUGAAAAGCGAUUCCAAUUUAAGCAGCAGCUAUGCGGACUCGGGCAUUGGCAACGACUUGCCACAGCAAUCACACCAACAGCAACAGCAACAACAUGCACAUGCAGCGCCCUUGCCACCGCCUCGCAGCUCGUCAAUGUUGUCGCAGCCGCUGCGCAUGCCGUUCGUGCGGGAUGCCAACUCAACGUCAACCGACUACGACUACGAUGGCGAUGGCGAGGAGCUGUUGCUGCAGUGCGACGAACUCGAUGAUGAGCAGCAGCACAAUUACGACGAGCGUUUGGUCUGCAUCGAGAGCAUUAGCCUGCCCGAUGUCGUUGUCGAGUCAACGACCGCCACAACAACAGCAACAACUACAGCUGCAACGGCAGCAACGACAACAUCUGCCUCUGCUGAUGCCACAAAUGGCAGCAAUGAUGGCCAUCUCAAUAUCAAUAUUACAAAUGGCGCCGGCGGCAAUAGUCUCGGCAAUGUGCAUUUCAUACCCAUACACAUCGAGGGAUCCACAGGAUCCGGACGCAGUCGCAGCAACAGUCCGAAGCAUCGCAGCCUGGACGAUAGUUGCAUUGGACGCAACAGCAUUGAGAUUGUCGAGGAUGGCAGUGUGCUGAAUAGUGCGGCGCCAUCGCCGUCACAGGAGGCGCAUGAGCUCAAAAAAGAGCUGAAGCUACAAAAAGCGCGUUUCACCACACAACUGGAGGAUGCCCAUCGAAAUGUUCAGAGUCUGGAGGCCAAAGUGGGAGAUAUGCAAGUGAGGAUACAAAAUCUGGAACAGGAAUUGUCACUCAAACAAUGGAAUGUAGAUAGACUCCAAGGAGAACUUACUGCGGCUCAGAAGGACGAUGAAUUUGUGCGCAAAAAGCUAAAAGUGCUCGAGGAUGAGAAGAUUAAUUUGCGGCACAAGUACAGCGAUGAUGAGGACGAGUUCCGACGCAAAUAUGACGCAUUGCAAUCGCAGUACAACGAACUUACCGAAAAGUACAAAGAGACGCAGAGCCUGGCAAAUGGUUUGCAAACGCAGCUGGCGAAUGCAAAACUCGAGGUUGAGAACUGGCGCAAUGAGGUGAAUAAAAUACGCGUUGAAUUGGAUGAGCAAAUACGCAUACUCAAGAAUGCGUUAGAGUAUUCGGAAGCGGAGCGCAAAAUCUGUGAGGAUAAAUGGCAAAAGGAGUUUGAAAUGCUCAGAACACACAACAGAGAACGCGAGGAGACACUGAUGUCCGAUUGCGAGUGGCAGAUGCGGCAAAUGCAGCGACAGUGCAAGGAUAAAAUGGACAAAACCAAUUACGAACGCAAGCAGGCAAGCGCCAAGGCCGAGGAACUCGAAUUGGAGUUGCAAUCGCGUCGCAAGGAGGCCGAAUCCUUACGCAUUUGCCAGGCACAGGUUAAGUCCUUGAGCGGCGUGGUCAGUGAACAGGAACGUUCGAUACAAACGCUCAUGGAACGCAUCGAGAAUCUCAAGGGGGAGCUGGAGAUGGCCAAUGAGAAUCUGGAGACACAGAUCGAAGCUGUGCACAAAAUCAAAUAUCAGUGUGAUAAUGCCAUUUAUGACAAGGAACGUCAAAUGAUCUAUCGCAUCGAUGAGGUGCGCAACGAAGCUGCCGCCUUUUGGGAGAAUAAACUUUACACAGAGAUGACAAGACUGACAAAUGAGUUGGAAUCCGUUUAUGUGGAUGAGCGACGCGAUGCCUUGGAUAAGCUGCAGGCCGAGCAUAUCGAGGAGCUGCGUGCACUGACCAAUCGCUACACCGCCAACGAGGAGGAGCUGCGUGCAGAGAUCGAUGAGCUGACUGGCAAUUUGGAGCUAAAGAAAGAGGACUUUCUGGCGCUGCGAGAACGCUCCGAUAAUGCGCUUCUGCAGACACGCAUGCAUCUGGAUCGUGCCGAUCGUGAGUAUCAGAAUGCCAUGUGUCGGGAGGAGGAUCGUCGCGUCGAGCUUGAGGCGAAGCUGAAGAGAGAGUUUGAGGAGGAGAAGGAAGAAAUGGAGGAGAAAUUCCGUGAACGUUUGGGUCAAGUCAAGGAAGAGUUUGCCAAGGAGUUGCAGCUCUCCACACAGGACAUGGUGGAGAGUCAUCGCAAGGAGCUGGAAUCCCAAAAGGCCAAGCUGCAAAGCGAAAAGGAUGAAGCACUGCAAGCACUUGUGGAGCGACAUCGCGCCAAAAUGGCCGCUGCCGAGGAACGAAUUAAAUUCGAGGAGAUGCGUAUGCGUUAUGAGCGGAGAGAUCCGCGUGCGGAGGAUCUGCGAGAAAUCUCCGAGUUGCGCACACGUUGCGAUAGUCAGGAGCGAGAUCUGUUUGUGCUCACCGAUCGACUACGCGAGAUGCAGAUCCAGAUGUCGGAGCUGCAGCAGAAUGGCGAUGGGGCAACGUUGCGCAAGAAGCCGCCAUCGAAAACGAUACCCACCAGCUGUGAUGUCAUCUACGAGGAGAACGAGGAGCGCGAAUCCCCCGAACAGGAUCUGCAGCAACAACAGCAACAGGACUCAUCGGAGGGCGGCUCCUCGGAGAGGGACGACAACGAAGAGGAGCAACUGGAGCAGGAGCCCAGCGACACUGAAUCGAAUCAUACGAUUGAAAUCAAUCAUAAGUGCAACGAUCGCAUCAACGAGGACGAUGCUCACAUGAUCUCAGCUGUGUGAACAAAUUGUUUGAUUGAUUGAUGGAUUGAUUGAAUGAUUGAUUAAUUGAUUGAUUGAAUGAUUGAUUGAUUGAUCUUCACAAAAUACUCGCCAAAGCGCAGUAGUGACGACUUGCAAACUUGCUGCAGCUGCUCGCUCUAACUAUCUAUCGACAGUUAUCCUGUAAUUGCACCAUUCAAAGUUUUCAACAGACGCACAAAAUAUAUUUAUUAUUUAUACACAAAAAGCACUUAAAAAUUGUAAAAUAUUUAAAACACAAUCUAAUUGGUUUAUGAAACCGCAACAAAUACGAAAUAAAUGUAAAUACUUUUAAACA